AUGUUCAGACACCGACUCCCAUCUUUCACACGCGGUUACUCCGCGGUGGCGUACACCGACUUACUCAAGAGCGCAAAGCUCAACUGCUCGGAGCUUCUCUCGAAGCACGACCGUUCGUCGUUUGUGCUUGCGCACUACGUGCCCGAGCCCGCGCGCGACUGUUUCCUCGCGUUGCGCGCAUUCAACCUCGAAAUCCAGAAAAUCAACAACGGGGGUAGCAACUCCAAAUCGGUGGCCUCACGUGCCAGUAACCAGCUCUCCAACACGCUCGGCUUCACCACUGCCGACAUCAAGCUCAAGUUCUGGAGUGAUCUCCUCGACCGGAUCUUCCAAGAUCCACACAACGACAAGGACUCGAUUGGUGAACCGAUUGCGAUUCUUAUCCGCGACUGUCUCAGAGAAGAGUUGCCUCUAGACAUCUCACACUUCCAGACAUUCUUGCAGACAAAGAAACACAACUUGCGCUCCAACGGGUUCAAAACGACGGAUGAAAUCUGUUCCUACGGCGAGGGAACCACGUCCCAACUCAAUUACUUGUUACAGGCUGCGUUGCUAGCGCCGCAUAUCUCGCCAUCGGCCAUCCACUUGCUUGAGUACUCGACGGGGUUGCAGAGCAAGCUCUCGGACAUUGCAGCCCAUUUGGGCCAGGCCACAGCGAUUGGUAGCAUGAUCAUCGGGACCGGCUACUACGCUGCCAUGCGCAACCAGGUCACCUUGCCCGUGGACGCGAUGACCCAGAGCGACUUGUCCCAGGAGCACGUGCUCAGGUUGUUCCAGGGUCACUUAACGAAGGAGAAACAGCCAGAAGACUAUGUUUCAGUGCGGGAAAAGUUGAAGGAGGUGGUGUACCAGACCGCGAUUAUCGCUAAUGACCAUUUACUCACGGCCAACACCAAAUUGGCCGAUGUCAAGGAGGAGAUCAGGGCGAUUGUGGAGGAGAAUAAGGGCGACAAAGUGUUACAGAACGGGUGGAAAAGAUGGAGCGGCGGUAUUCCUGACGCGUUGUAUCUGCCGUUCAUGAUCGGCAUUCCCACCAAGUUGUACUUGGAGAGGUUGGAGAAGCAGGGCUUUGAUUUGUUGAGCCCGAAGCUCCAGACCAAGGAGUGGAAGUUGGCGUGGAGAAGUUACCGAAACUAUGCCAAGAGAGUUAUUUAA